CGAUGAUGUGAAACAUACAGAUCGCUGAUUGAUUACCUUAAGUUCCUUAAGUUGGUAUUUCCGCACAAUCAAAAUUCGCUCAGUUGCGCAAAUAAAAAAUAAUAAUUACAGUGAAUUACCUAUUCAAGCAGUGUUAAGAGCGUCAAGAUCGAACCAUUUUUCGCGAUAAACAUUACAACGUUUAUUUUUGCCGAUAUCCAGCAACAUUUUUCAGAUAAGAAUUGGUGCAACACAUAAAUUUGAAGUGUUAAUGGUCAGUCGAUAGAGGGAAAUCGAGAUGAAGCUUUUUUUACCCAGUUUUUCCAUUUGUAGUUCGAGAAAGAGUUUUCAGUAUGUUGUUGCAAUAGUAGGAAAUUUGGUAGCUUACACUUGUGGGAUCUCAUUGGGAUGGACAUCACCAGAAAUUCCUAAACUCAAGGGAAUUGACAGUCCACUGGAAACCAAACUAACACCAUCUGAAGAGUCAUGGAUUGGUUCACUCUUGCCAAUUGGUGCAGCUAUAGGACCAUUCUUCGCUGGAGUUGCUGCAGACAAGAUUGGAAGGAAAAAUUCUCUUCUUCUGGCUAUAGUACCCUUCAUCAUAGCCUUCACGAUGGCAGCUUUCGCCAAGACAGUCCUAAUUUUCCUCAUAUUGAGGGUCUUGUUUGGUCUAGGGGUUGGUGUAGUGUUCACUGUCCUUCCAAUGUAUAUAGGAGAAAUAGCAGAUGACGACGUCAGAGGACAACUUGGUUCCUUCAUGCAGCUGUUCAUCACCUUUGGCUUAACAUUUUCGUACGCAGCUGGUCCAUACACAGACAUCAAAACUUUCAAUUUCAUCUGUUUGGCGGUUCCAGUUCUGUUCCUGGUCCUUUUCUUCUUCUUCGUACCAGAAAGUCCGUAUUAUUUGAUCCAAAGCAACAGACCAGAGGAAGCUGAAAAAUCCUUGAUGAAACUUCGAUCAGGUACCUCCAAGAGCGUUAAAGGAGAACUCGAAGACAUCAAGAAAAAUGUAGAAGAAGCACAGGCUAACAAAGCUGGUUUCAUGGAUCUUUUUGCAACCAAAGGACUAACGAAAGCUUUCAUCAUAUCCCUCAGUUUGGUGUUCUUCCAGCAGUUCUCCGGGAUCAACGUGAUCAUUUUUUACGCCCAAGAUGUUUUCGCAGCUGCUGGAAGCACAUUGCCUCCAGAAAUUUCUGCCAUAAUCAUUGGAAUAGUACAAAUUUUGAGUAGUGGUGCAACUCCAAUUCUGGUUGAGAGGAGUGGAAAGAGACUAUUGCUUCUGAUUUCAGCAGUGGGAAUGACUUUAUCGUUGACUGUUUUAGCAUACUACUUCUAUCUUUUGGAGAGAGGAGACGACGUGUCCAAUAUCUCCUGGUUGCCCAUUGCCUCGCUCAUAAGUUUCAUAAUUGUGUAUUGCUUAGGAUUUGGUCCCUUGCCAUGGGCUGUAAUGGGUGAACUCUUCCCAGGAAACGUUAAAUCUAUAGCAUCAACCUGCACAGCUUCUGCUUGUUGGAUAAUGGGCUUCCUGAUCACAAAAUACUUCGCUUCGUUGGCUGACGUCAUCCAAAAGAGUGGAUGCUUCGGUCUGUUCAGUUUGUUCUGUCUUGGUGCUGCUAAUUUUGUUCUGUUGUACCUGCCAGAAACUACAGGCAAGAGUCUACAGGAGAUUCAAGAAAUUUUAAAUAAAUAAGUAUUAAGUGUGAUCACUAGUUUUUUAUGGUUGUGCAUUUCUUUACUGUUGUUGAAGAAUUUUAUAUUGAUACGUAUUUAUUUGAAUAUUGGACGCUUCUAAAAUCAAUAAUCAUUGUUCAUUUUAUAAGUUAUAUUCAAAAUAGUGAUAUGGUACAAACUAUUGAGUAUGAAUACCAUUAUAUAUUGUUGUAUUUAUUUAUUUUCAAUGAAACAUGUCCCCAAAGAUAUUUUAAUAAAAUAUUAUAAGUA